AUGACUUCGGAUUACACCCACCUCACCGGAAUCCACGCGGAAUCGGGAGAGCGAGUCUCCAUGGCACGAGGAUUGCAGGUCUUCUCGGACCAGCUACCCGAGGAGGAGGAGUGGCAUGCGCAGUCGCCAUCCAUUUCCAGGCCCAUCAGCCUUCAUGCUGUGCCAACCCAUCCAACUGAUCUCAACCUCCUUGGCCAGCCACUGGGGAUGUGCAGAAGUCAGCUGGACAGUCCCAUGGGCUGGGAUGGCAGUGGAUUCUGCAGCUACAGCAUGAGAGAUGUGCAUCAACAGGGCGUUUGUGUGAUGCUCAGCCCAACCUUUCGGGAAAUGGCCAAAUUCGAGGAUGGCCUCGACAUCGCCGGUGUGUCCGGCUACACCGAAGGACGAGCAGCGCGGCACUGGUGCUUGCCCGUUUGGGCCUUUGCGGCAGCCGUGGAACGAGAUCCCAAAGGCAUGGAGGACUUGGGCUUGGACUGCCUCAAUACCAACAGCAAGGUGAGAGAUAUCCUCAGGCAAAACGUCAUCCUGCAGGGCCCCAGCAAGAGUUACUUCACGAAGCCCGCCGCAGAGAUCUUGGAAGACCGAUGCACGCCUGAGGGCAUUCGAUUGCAUGCACAGCGGAAGCGCGAGCGGGAGAAGUGGCUUCCGCAAGAGCAAGCUUGUGUCAACAAGAAGUACAAGAUCUCGCAGCAGGACAUCGUUGGCUGGUGGGAUGAGAACGAGCACAAGUGCUACGAAGGCUUCUACGACCAGAAUGGCAUUUGGGUGUGGCUCUUGGAGAGGGGAUGUGGAGCGUUGAGCCGUCUGAGCAAAGAGCGGGUGGAGCAGGUGCUGGAGCAGGAUGAGAGCAUCGCCAGCAAACUCGUCUCCGAGCUGGAAGGCAAGGUGGUACAUGAGGUGGUUGCCGCUGGCAAGGAGAAGCUCAAGGGCUUCGGCGGCGGUGGCGGUGGCGGUGCUGCCGUGGCUGUGGGCGGUGGUGGUGGCGGCGGCGGCGGUGGAGAAGCCGCUGCGAAGAAGGCGAAGAUGGGCAAAGUGAACCCGUCUCAACGGGCGGCGAUUGAUGGUCUGAAGUUUGCACUGGAGAAAAUCCAGGGGCCUCCGGGCACGGGGAAGUCCACGACGAUCUUCCACAUCUUGGAGCGGGUCACCUGCUCCCGGAAUGUGGCGGUGGAAUCGAUCGCCCAGAAGCUCUCGGGUUUGGAGGAACGAAAGCAACGAACGUCGAGAGAAGCUCUCGAUUUGUGGUUGGUUCUUGUUGGACGGUGGAUUCAGGAGCAUGUCUAUACUGCUGGUGGUGAGGUGGGGGAAUCUGCACGCAGAUACCUGCUGGAUUCUCAGGUUCAGAUCAUGGUCACCAGCAAGCUCUCCUCCUUCGAGCGCCGCCAAACGCUCCGCGACGUCUUCAUCAGCUGCGCGGCGCGUGUGGCGACGUUGGAGCACGAUGUGGAGCAACUCUUCUUCUUGGGCGAUGCAGCAGAUGUGGAUGAGGAGCUACGAUUGGGCUUGAAGGAAGAAGGAGCCAGGUUCAACGACCUGGUUUUCGUGGGAGGCCCCGACGCGGACCCGGCGGUGGAGCGCGACGUGACGUACGUCCUUGAACGCCCCACGGCACGGGGGUUCCGCCUGGCCAUUGGCACGGCGUGGCUCGCGGAGCACCGGCCGGACCUGGACUACGUGAUGUACCUGGACGAUGACAGCUAUUUGCACCUCCCUCGCCUCCUCACUGCGCUGCAGGCGCACGGGAGCCCAUCGCUGGCCAUGGGCUACGUGAUGGAGACGCAGCUGGAUACCUUGGAGACGCACAUUUGUACGGUGUGCCCGUUGAAUUGUGAGGCAUGCCAAAAUGAUCCCUUUCUGAACGAGUUUUGCAGCCACUUUCCCUUGAUGUCGCUGGGCGGUUGCGCCUUCCUCAUUCACCAGUGCAAGUUGUUUGGGCAAGAUGAUGCUGAAGGAAAUUUGCAGGCCUGCGUGCAGAAAGCGCAGCGGAACACCAUGCAGGUGGUGCACUACUUCGGCAUGUUUGCACCCAAGUGGUUCCUGGGCAUGGGCUGGGUCUUUGGGCGGCGGAUCGUGCAGUUCUUGGCGAAGAACGCAGCCGACUUGAAGAAGCAUGGUGCUGCAGACGUGCAGCUGGGCUUCUGGCUGGCGCCCUUGGAGGGCGUACAUUGGGUGGACAUGAAAGAGGGCCAGUUCCAUGACUACCCCAUGCGAGGUAGCACCUUUGCGAACGGCUGCACCGAGAAGACCAUUUUGGUGCACCGCAUGAACGAGGAGCGGUGGAAGGACUUCGAUGCCGAGACCUGCGAGUUGCAUUGUCCUCUCACGCCGUAAUCGUGCGGUGGUGAUCCAUGUGCCGUGCUGUGACAGAUGUGACGUGCCAUGCUGCUGGUGCCAGGCCACCAUGGUCAGUGGCACAUGAGCAUCAAGCUGUGCCAUGGUUGGCCGCGGAGGCUCGUCCUGCAGAGGAGUCUGAGAUGACGGAGAUGAGGCGCCAUGAGGAGAACCGCUUCGUGUAGGGUCGGACCCGCGGCGGCGGCGCGCCGCGGUGCACCGGAAACAGUGCGUCGUCC